AUUUGGUAAAAAAAAGUUUCGCCAUCUGGUAACACUGCAACUCGCACUAUUGCUAUUUAGCCUGAUAAAAAUUUGUAAAAAUCAUUGCGAUCGCUGCCCGCCGCCUAUGAUUCAGUGUUGAUUGGAUUGCCGGUGUCCUAACCCGAAUCACCGCCAAGUGGAAGUGAUAGCCGUAAGCCGUGUGCCGAGUGCGGGCCAUCCAGUGAUUCACGGCGUUGACAUUGAAAAACAAAUGCAAUGCCAGCACAGUGGGCGUAAGGUGGCCAAGGGGGAGGAGCAGGAGCAGGAGGAGGAGGAGGAGAAGGCCAGGAAGGGCAAGGAUACAGCGCAAGGAUACGGUCGAUAGGAGCAGCUGCAGCGACCAAGAUGCCCUGCGAAAACUGCGGCGUUGAAUUCACGGUGUUUCGUCGCAAGCGCGCUUGCUUCGAUUGCAAACGCUACUACUGUGCCAAUUGCAUUGCGGCCAGGAGAUGCCAGCGAUGCUCUGUUUUUGCCCAGCGUCCACUUUUAAGGACGGAUCUGUUGAAGCUCAAGCCCAAGGACCUGAUUUUUUAUCUGCAGUCCAAACACAUCUCUACUGAAGGCUGUCUGGAAAAAGAAGAACUGGUGGGCCUCGUACUCACGCAUGUGGCCCAGGUGGACCGGAGUCGCGGAUCGAACGCCUCCUCCAACAGUCCGGGUCGUGGCCAGGCCAAUCCCAUUGACAGCAUCAAACAAUCGUGCCAAAACUUCUUCUCCAACCUGACCGACAAUAUAAACGAUUCGCUGGCCUCGUUCGACUCCAAGGCCAGCGCUAAGCCGCCGGAGAACAGACAGCCCGAGGCGCCCUCGCACAUCUUCGAGCAGCCGCGGGUAUCCACACGCGAGAUUCCCACUUAUGCCAGUGCCGUGAACGGCGGGCCACAACGCGUCCACGUCCACCAGGCUGCGCCGACCACCACCGCUACCAAUGGUGGCAGCCAGAGCAGCAGCAGUCCCUCAACUUCCACGCAGGCAUCGACUAAUCGCGAUGCCAGCUCCUGCAGCCAGGCCCCGGUGGCCCACCAGCAGGAGGAGAGGGAACAGGAGGAGGCGCACAGCAAAUCCGACUGCGAGUGUUCAGACGAUGAGAUUAUGGCCACGUUCAGUGAGCGCGUUUCGUUGUCGCUCCGAACCGAUACCAGUGGCCGGGGGGCCAAUGCUCCCGCCGAGCCCAUUGCCGGUGCUGGCCUGGUGGCCGAUGGAGAUGGAGGCCCCGAAGGCGCCACAGCCGUCAGUCCGGGCUGCUCGAAGCCGGGCUCGAGCAGCUCCAAGGCGGAUGCGUCCUCGCAGUCGAGUUUCGAGGAACUGGGCGCCAUCGGGGGCAUCUCCGACGAGAGCAAGGCGACCACGGACACCAACAGCAGCCACCUGGAUCAGUGGCAGGUGCUGGAGGUGAACCGGAUCGAGGCGGCGGAGGAGACGCCCACCACGAGUGCGGCCGAGGAGAUCCUGGAGGUGACGCUGCGCAGCAGGCCUGCGGUCGAGGGCGACGAUGGCCAGUUGGGCGAGAGCUCACAGACCCUGAACAUAGAGCAGCGCCCGGCCAACCCAAGUCCAGCGUUCCAACCCGCCGUGCCGCAGCGCACAAAGAAGGUGACCCGCCGACGGUCCGAUGGUUACCUGAAUCGCCGCUACCACUCCAGCGAUGACGAGUCGCCGGUGGCGCCCGGGGGACCUGGUCUGAGCUUGGGCCUCUCAACCCUCAGCGAGCAGCCCGAGACCGGCCUGCAUGCGCACUCGCAUCGCCAAAGUUGCCAGCGCUGCGGCAAGAACAAGACGAACAUCCGUCGACAUGUGGAGAAGAUGCGACGCCAUCUGGAGAACUCGCAAAUGUCCGAGGAGGACAUCAAGCGGGAGCUGCAGGAGUUCCUCACGUACCUGGAGCAGCGCACCAAGUCGGUGGACGUCUCCGAUGCGGACAGCCACGCGGUAUCUCCGCUCAGCGUGGAUGCCAUCAGUGUGGCUGCCGGCGGCAGAUCUCCCGACAUGCCCAUCACACCGACCAUUGAGUUCUCGCCCACGCAGGACGAUGACAUCCGCUGGGACGACGACGAGGGCAUCCACGUGUAUGCGGCACCAUUGGACUUUGAGCCGGCCGCUGGUCUCGAUUCGCGUUUCGUCAAUUUGGAAGACAUUGAAGAUUUAAAAGAAUUGGAGGGUUUAACGGUGAAGCAGUUGAAGGAGGUGCUCAUGCUGCACCGCGUCGACUACAAAGGCUGUUGCGAGAAGCAGGAGCUGCUGGAUCGCGUCAGCAGGCUGUGGAAAACCAUGAGGGAGUCUCCCGCUGUGGAGAAACUGCCCACGGACGAGCUGUGUAAAAUCUGCAUGGAUGCGCCCAUCGAGUGCGUGUUCCUGGAAUGCGGCCACAUGGCAACCUGCACAAGCUGUGGAAAAGUGCUAAACGAGUGCCCCAUUUGCCGACAAUAUAUUGUACGAGUUGUAAGGUUUUUUAGAGCAUAAUGAUGUGACGUGAAUGGUGACUGUGACUGGGCCAUGGUUUAAUGCUGGGCACCUCAUCUUGUACAGCAAAUCCGGAUGGCGGGACUAAAACGUAUUUGUUUCCUUAAACGACGCGAGUGCAACAAUAAUAAUAUUUUUAAUAUUUGGUUCUACUAUGUAGCAUUGUUGCCAGUAUAUGUAUAUGCGUAUAUAUAGUGUACACCCCUGAUACCGCUUUCAAAGUGUAUUUAUCUAUUUCAAGUGUGAAAUACUUUUGCUAUUUAUUUUGUUUGUUCUUGUUGUUUGUAUAAAAACGAGAGGUUAUUUAGAUCAACUAACAUUCCUAUAAGCCGCAAAAAAAGAUUAAAUCUGUUACAACAGUUGUGAAAUACUUGUCUAGAUGCGCAUUUAAACAAUAAAUAUUUUCAAAUAUCCA